AUGGGGGAGCAGGGCCGAGAGGAGUAUAAGAUCCAGUCUUUUGAUGUGGAGACGCAGCAGCUGCUGAAGACAGCACUCAAAGAUCCUGGGGCUGUGAACCUGGAGAAAGUGGCCAACGUGAUCGUGGACCAUUCCCUGCAGGACUGUGUGUUCAGCAAGGAAGCAGGACGCAUGUGCUACGCCAUCAUUCAGGCGGAGAGCAAGCAAACUGGCCAGAGCGGCUUCCGCCGCGGGCUCCUCAACCGGCUGCAGCAGGAGUAUCAGGCUCGGGAGCAGCUCCGAGCCCGCUCCCUGCAGGGCUGGGUCUGCUACGUCACCUUCAUCUGCAACAUCUUCGACUACCUGAGGGUGAACAACAUGCCCAUGAUGGCCCUGGUGAACCCCGUCUAUGACUGCCUCUUCCGGUUGGCCCAGCCGGACAGCCUGAGCAAGGAGGAGGAGGUGGACUGCCUGGUGCUGCAGCUGCACCGGGUCGGGGAGCAGCUGGAGAAGAUGAACGGGCAGCGCAUGGAUGAGCUCUUUGUCCUGAUCCGGGACGGCUUCCUGCUCCCCUCCGGCCUCAGCUCCCUGGCCCAGCUGCUGCUGCUGGAGAUCAUCGAGUUCCGGGCGGCCGGCUGGAAGACCACUCCUGCCGCCCACAAGUAUUACUACAGCGAGGUAUCUGACUAGGCUGGGGUGCGGCGCCUCUCCAAACCAGCCUUUCUUCCGCCCACUUCCACCCUGGCAGGGGGGUUGCCCCCCACCCAGGCUUCUUCCAGAUGUCAGCAGCUCCUGAGUUUUCCCUUACGUCCUGAUCCUGCGCUGAGCACCUUUCCUCAGCCACAGCCUUGCCACCAGGCUCGACACCAGGCUGACCUGCUCUUCCGUUGGCUCUUCCACCCCCGGGGCCGGGCAGAGGCCACACCUCGCACCGACCUGCAGCUACCUUGGUGCCUGUUU